AUACUUACUACUGUAUUAACCGACGCUUCACUCUCUCCUGCAAACUCCCGUAAUAGUACUCGCGUUGUAAAUCUCAAGCUGUCAAAGCAAAUCUCUACGAAAUCCAAAUGGAGACAGCCCAGCUUCUCCUCAAGAUGCCCACAACAUCAAGCAUCUGGGCAGCAUACAACCUCAACAGGUAUUUUGUCGGCGUCGCUCUUCUCCUGGGUGUCGUUGUCUUGUGGACAGCGUCAAACUUUAUCACUGCCGGCUUGGAGACAGGCGAUGAUGCGUGGAACAAACCCUUUUUAAUAACGUACUUUAACACGGCAUCAUUCACUAUCUACCUGUUACCUACGCUUUGGAGAUGGCGUAAAGGCGCUCGACACCAUGCUAUGGGACAGGGCCAUGUCCGAUCGGGUGAUGCUGAGCAUGCUGCUUCUCCAUCGGGCGGAUACCUCCCAAUCCCUUCCGCCCCUCACGAAGAACAUCUCUCACACCCAUCACACCGAAAAGACCCGGAACGCACAGAACGAAUCGAUGGUGUCACACUCCACCACCUUCCGCCCCUCACCGUUCGCGAAACAGCAAAGAUCGCCGCAUGGUGGAGUAUCGUCUGGUUCAUCGCCAACUGGGCUGUGAAUGCGAGCUUGGCGUGGACGAGUGUGGCUAGUGUGACGAUUUUGAGCAGUACCAGUGGUUUCUUCACCCUCGCACUAGGAAGAAUAUGUCGUGUGGAAAGCCUGACAUCAACCAAGGUGAUCGCUGUCAUCGCUAGUUUCCUCGGCGUGCUUCUCGUAACCCACUCCGACUCCCUCUCCUCUACUCCUCCCCCUUCCCCUUCCGCCUUCUUAUCCCUCUCUUCCGCAUCCUCCCACCCGAUAUUCGGCGAUGCUUUAGCGUUAACAUCAGCAGCCUUUUACGCGGUGUACGUCAUCCUGUUAAAAGUAAGGGUGGUAGAUGAGGAGAGGGCGGAUAUGCAGUUGAUGCUUGGUUUCGCAGGCCUCUUCAACACCAUCUUCCUCAUCCCAAUCUUCCCUCUCCUCCACUACACAGGCCUCGAACGAUUCUCCCUCCCGCCUACCUCUUCUGCCUGGUUCAUCUGCCUCGUCAACUUUUGCAUCACCCUCUCUUCAGACUACCUGUACGUGCUGGCGAUGCUCAAGACGACACCGACCUUGGUCACUGUCGGUCUAUCGUUGACGAUACCUCUGGCGAUGCUGGGCGAGUUUUUCGGGCUCGGUUUGGGUUCCGGCGGGGAGGGAGGGAUGGAAGGGAUGACGGUGUGGAGUGUAGCGGGAGCGGGCAUGGUUUGCGUGGGAUUUGGGAUGCUGGGAUGGCAAGAGUAUCUGAAGAAUAAACAGGGGAACGAGGGGGUGGUGAUUGAGCGUGAGGGCGAAUACGAAUACGGGAGCGAUCGUGAGGAUGAGUAAACGAGAGCGAAUACGUUCUCCGUUUUUGGGUUCUGAUUUUGGUUUUAUCGUUUUCGAACAAGGGCUGUUUUGAUCCAUGUUGUUCCCCGGUCUGUCUUUCAAAUAGACAAUUAGACAAUUACAAUUAGAAGUUUCAACCGGUUUCUUUUGUACAAGUAGUGUUUUAUACUAUGCACCUGUA